CGUCUCCGCUAGCUGGCCCUGCGCCGCCCCUGGGGCACUGUGCAGCUUUAGUCCGGGACUGAAGCUGCCGGCCUUCGCGGGUGCCUGGAUCCGCGUCCCGCCUCAGCGCCCGGAGGACAUGCGGAAGAGAGAAUGAGCCAGAGGGACACGCUGGUGCAUCUGUUUGCCGGGGGAUGUGGUGGUACAGUAGGAGCUAUUCUGACAUGUCCACUGGAAGUUGUAAAAACACGGCUGCAAUCAUCUUCUGUGACACUUUACAUCUCUGAAGUUCAGUUGAACACCAUGGCUGGAGCCAGUGUCAACCGAGUAGUGUCUCCUGGACCUCUCCAUUGCCUAAAGGUGAUCUUGGAAAAAGAGGGGCCUCGUUCCUUGUUCAGAGGAUUAGGCCCCAAUUUAGUGGGGGUGGCCCCUUCCAGAGCAAUAUACUUUGCUGCUUAUUCAAACUGCAAGGAAAAGUUGAAUGAUAUAUUUGAUCCGGAUUCUACCCAGGUACACAUGAUUUCUGCUGCAAUGGCAGGUUUUACUGCAAUCACAGCGACCAACCCCAUUUGGCUUGUAAAGACUCGGUUACAGCUCGAUGCAAGGAACCGUGGGGAAAAACGAAUGGGCGCUUUUGAAUGUAUUCGUAAAGUGUAUCAGACAGAUGGACUUAAAGGAUUUUAUAGGGGCAUGUCUGCUUCAUAUGCUGGCAUAUCAGAGACUGUUAUCCAUUUUGUUAUUUAUGAAAGUAUUAAGCAAAAACUACUGGAAUAUAAGAUUGCUUCUACAAUGGAAAAUGAUGAAGAGUCUGUAAAAGAAGCAUCAGAUUUUGUGGGAAUGAUGCUAGCUGCUGCCACCUCAAAAACUUGUGCCACAACUAUAGCAUAUCCACAUGAAGUCGUAAGAACAAGACUACGUGAAGAGGGAACAAAAUAUAGAUCUUUUUUUCAGACACUGUCUUUGGUUGUUCAAGAAGAAGGUUAUGGGUCUCUUUACCGUGGUCUAACAACUCAUCUGGUGAGACAGAUUCCAAACACAGCCAUUAUGAUGGCCACCUAUGAAUUAGUGGUCUACCUUCUCAAUGGAUAGCAACUUCAGGCUGCUGUAUACUAUGAAGAGGGAAGACCAAAAGAUGACAGUGGACCAUGCAGUAUCGAAGCCAGCAUGGUGGACAGAAGAAAAUAGUUUGGGAACAUGUAACUAUGCCUAAGGGAAAGUUUGGUUGUAGGAAUUAAAGUAAUCAUAAUAACCGCAUUACUUGGUCUUUUCAGUAAUGUGAAAAAAACCUAGGCUGCCCAAGAAAAAGCCUUUAGAAGCACUACUUCCUCCAAAUUGCCAUUUUCUCUACCAUGUCCAUGGGACAUAGUUGCAUUUUGUUGAUUUAUGGCACAAUAUAGUGUUUAUUCCAUGAGCACUUUUUCAGUCUUCUAAUAAAGCCAUCCAUAAUUAUAUAAAUAUUGUAACUAUCCAAAGAUAGUAUUGACAGUCAUAAAUGUCUUACCUCUGGCUUCUGUGUAAUUUCUGUAAAAUUGUAAAAUAACAAUAAGUGAGAUCCUUAGUAUUGUUUUCACAUUUCCUUGAGAGGAUCUGGAGUAUUUUAAAGUUAAUUAUUUGGCAUUAUUCAUCACUAGUUUUGACAGCUAAUGAAAUAGUAUCUAAAUAUCUUGCGUAUUUUUAGCUUUAAAAUGUUUUGGUUUCCACUGCUAACAGGAACAUGAUGUUUAGCAAAAUGUGGACACUUAAAUUGUUUGUUAACAUAUCAAACUCAGUGGUAAUAGUUUGGGACAGAAAAAACCAGUAAAAUGUUGAUUCUUGGCCAUUUCAAUAACUUGAGCGUGUCCUCCGAUCUUUUCUAUCUUUAUGAUACGUGAAUGACUUCAGUUGUCUUUUCAGUGGUUUAUUAGUUAGGGACUUAAAUUAUCAUCUAUCAUACCUAGGUAUUAUUUUCUUAAAGUGGAAAAAAUUUACCACUUCUGAAUCUUUCUCCAUUAGGAAUUUGAACCUUUGAAUUAUUUCCAGAUGAUCAAUAUAAAUUGCAUUUAUUUUGUAGAGAAAAUGGUAAUUUUCAGCUUUGCUAUAAUAGGUUUUUUUUUUUUAAGGUGGCAUUAUAAAUAUCUGGGGCAGUAUAAACAUCAAAGAGGGGCCCUUUGCCAUCUGAUCGAACAGGUGGUGAUCCUAAUUGACUUACAAUUUUGUAAAUGAACAAACUGCUUUUGACAAGAAAUGUAUGCUAUCCUAAUUUCUUGAAUGGUAAAUCAUAGAAAGAUUCAAGUUAAUUCAGAUUCAGUGUGCUAACAGGAUAUAGCUUUUACAUUUUGCUGUUGAGUUCACCUGUACCUCUUAAUACUUAAAUGUAUUAUAUGUAUGGCCUUUAUGAAGAUGUUUGCUAUAAUUCUGUUAAGAGACUUUGCUAAUGGAUGUUGCUAUACUGGUGUAUAAAACAUCUACAAUUAAACUCCAGUGUGGUACUCGUUUCAGUAUAGAUGAACUGUACAUUUUGUGCAAUGGCUUUAUCUUAAGAAUGACUCUUUGUGAAUGCACUUUGUGGCCUUUUUGGGGGGGGUGGUGGUGGGGUGAGAGUAACAGAGAAUUCCACUUUAGGAUUAUUUUUUUUUAAACAUUGGUCAUGUAUUAGGCAGAAACAGUGUUCAACAAAACAUUUUUCUGGGUUUUAGAUACAGUGUUUUGGAGAUCUUUAAUAACAUAAAUGUUUUACAUAUUCUAUGUAUGCUCUAGUGCCCCUAACAUAGAAAAUUGUAGCACGUCAUUGCAAGCUUACUCUGUUGUCACCAAUGAAACACAGUGCCCUCUUAAAUUCCUCACCUUCUUAACUCAUUAUAAUCAACAGUAACUGGAUGUUUUUGAGGUGCUUUGAUUGGAAUUUAAAAAUAUUCCAAUCUCUUUGGAGACCAAAGGCAAUUUCAGUUUCAUUACCUUUGGGAUUAUUCAUACCUUUUAUGGUGACUUUUAGCUUUGACAUUUAUUGU